UUAGGGUAGGCACAACCUUCUGUGGUUUCACCACGACACCGCCAGACUUCAUCAGAACACUGAUGCGAGACCAUUCGCCUGAAACGCAUGACAAAAGGCUCCGCGCCACAGUAGUCGAAGCAACCACCAUGUCCUCAAUGGAAGUUGGAAUGAAAGAACGACCAUCGAACACUGCAACGCCGCGUGAACUCACUCAAAACCCGCUUAAGAAAAUCUGGAUGCCGUUGCCGUGUAAAAAUGGCCUUCCCGAGAAACACAUAUCUCAGAGAAAGGUAUGUAUGACCAACUGCCCCACCCUGAUAGUGACGGUGGGCCUCCCAGCCAGAGGGAAGACCUACAUCUCCAAGAAGCUUACCCGCUAUCUCAACUGGAUCGGCGUGCCCACCAGAGAGUUCAAUGUUGGGCAGUACCGGCGUGAGUGUGUGAAGAUCUACAAGUCUUUUGAGUUCUUCCGUCCAGACAACGAGGAGGGCCUGAAGAUCAGACAGCAGUGUGCGUCAGCAGCACUGAAUGAUGUCAGACAGUACCUCGCUGACAAAGGAGGCCAAGUUGCGGUGUUUGAUGCCACUAACACCACUAGAGAGAGGAGAGGGACCAUCACCGCGUUUGCUGAGCAGAAUGGCUUCAAGGUGUUUUUUGUAGAGUCUGUUUGUGAAGACCCUGAAGUCAUUGCAGAAAACAUUGUGCAAGUGAAGCUGGGCAGCCCUGACUACACCAACUGCAACACAGAGGAGGCUAUGGAGGACUUCAAGAAGAGGAUCAAGUGUUAUGAGAACUCCUAUGAGACCCUGGACGAAGUUCUGGACAGGGAUCUGUCCUACAUCAAGAUUAUGGACGUGGGCAGGAGGUACCUGGUGAACCAGGUCCAGGACCACAUCCAGAGCCGGAUCGUCUACUACCUCAUGAACAUCCACAUCACACCACGCUCCAUCUACUUGUGUCGCCAUGGAGAGAGUGACCUCAAUGUCAAGGGCUGCAUUGGAGGAGACUCUGGACUCUCCCCCAGGGGCAAGGAGUUUGCCAAUUAUCUGGGCCAGUUCAUCCAGUCUCAGGAAAUCAGUGAUCUGAAGGUGUGGACCAGCCAGAUGAAGAGGACUAUCCAGACAGCCGAGGCAGUGUCUGUGCCGUACGAGCAGUGGAAGGCGCUCAACGAGAUAGACGCGGGUGUGUGUGAGGAGAUGAUGUAUGAGGAGAUCCAGCAGCACUACCCGCUGGAGUUUGCAAUGAGGGACCAGGACAAAUACCGCUACCGUUACCCAAAGGGAGAGUCCUAUGAAGACCUGGUGCAGCGUCUGGAGCCGGUCAUCAUGGAGCUGGAGAGGCAGGAGAACAUCCUGGUUGUCUGUCACCAGGCUAUCAUGCGCUGCCUGCUGGCAUACUUCCUGGAUAAGACCGCAGAGGAGCUGCCCUACUUGAAGUGCCCACUGCACACCGUGCUGAAGCUCACACCAGUGGCUUAUGGCUGUAAGGUGGAGUCCAUCUACCUAAAUGUGGACGCAGUGAACACUCACAGAGAUAGACCAGAGAACGUCAACGUUCAUCGCACCACAGAAGAUGCCUUGCAGACAGUCCCACCUCAUCUCUGAAAUGCAAGCCACUCGGAUUGAAGUUUGGGCUCUCUCCUCUACCUCCCUGUUACUACCUGUCAUUACUUGUGUCUCUAGUGGUACAGAGUCAGUGGACAUUCUAUCUGUGUAACUCACUCAAUUGAUGGUUCUUUGUUGGGCGAUGUAAUGUUUUCACAGCCUGGUCUCAAAGCAAAACACAGUACCAGUCAGAAGUUUGGACACAUCAACUCAUUCAAGGGUUUUUCUUUGAUUGUACUAUUUUAUACAUUGUAGAAUAAUAGUCAAGACAUCACAACUAUGAAGUAACACAUGGAAUCGUGUAGUAACCAAAAAAGUGUAAAACAAAUCAAAAUAUAUUUUAGAUUCUUCAAAGUAGCCACCCUUUGCUUUGAUGACAGCUUUGCACACUCUUGGCAUUCUCUCAACCAGCUUCACCUGGAAUGCUUUUCCAACAGUCUUGAGGGAGUUCCCACAUAUGCUGAGCACUUGUUGGUUGCUUUUCCUUCACUCUGCGUUCCAACCAUCCCAAACCAUCUCAAUUUGGUCGAGGUCGGUGAUUGUGGAGGCCAGGUCAUCUGAUGCAGCACUCCAUCACUCUCCUUGCAUGAUGCAGCACUCCAUCACUCUCUUUGCUCAAGUAGCCCUUACACAGCCUAGAGGUGUGUUGGGUCAUUGUCCUGUUGAAAAACAAAUGAUAGUCCCACUAAGCCCAAACCAGAUGGGAUGGCGUAUCGCUGCAGAAUGCUGUGGUAUCCAUGCUGGAUAAGUGUUCCUUGAAUUCUAAAUAAAUCAGUAUCAUCAGCAAAGCAACAUCACACCACCACCUCCAUGCUUCACGGUGGGAACCACACAUGCGGAGAUAAUCCAUUCACCUACUCUGCGUCACACAAAGACAUGGGAGUUGGAACCAAAAAUGUCACAUUUGGAAAAUUGGACCAAUGGAUAGAUUUCCACCGGUGUAAUGUCCAUUGCUUGUGUUUCUUGGCCCAAGCAAGUAUUUUCUUACUAUUGGUGUCGUUUAGUAGUGGUUUCUUUGCAGCAAUGAAGGCCUGAGUCACGCAGUCUCCUCUGAACAGUUGAUGUUGAGAUGUGUCUGUUACUUGAACUCUUGUGAAGCAUUUAUUUGGGCUGCAAUUUCUGAGGCUGGUAAUGCUAAUGCACUUAUCCUCUGCAGCAGAAGUAACUCUGGGUGUUCCUUUCCUGUGGCGGUCCUCAUGACAGCCAGUUUCAUCAUAGCGCUUGAUGGUUUUUGCAACUGCACUUGAAGAAACUUUCAGAGUUCUUGACAUUUUCAGAAUUGACUGACAAUGUCUCAAAGUAAUGAUGGACUGUCAUUUCUCUUUGCUUAUUUGAGCUGUUCUUGCUAUAAUAUGGACUUGGUCUUUUACCAAAUAGUAUUCUGUAUACCACCCCUACCUUGUCACAAGACAACUGAUUGGCUCAAACGCAUUAAGGAAAGAAAUUCCACAAAUGAACUUUUAACAAGGCACACCUGUUAAUUGAAAUGCAUUCCAGGUGACUACCUUAUGAAGCUGGUUGAGCGAAUGCCAAGAGUGUGCAAAGCUGUCAUCAAGGCAAAGGGUGGCUACUUUGAAGAAUCUCAAAUAAAAAAUAUUUUGAUUUGUUUAACACUUUUUUGGUUACGGUACUAUAUGAUUCUAUGUUAUUUCAUAGUUUUGAUAUCUUCACUAUUAUUCUACAAUGUAUAAAAUUGUAAAAAUAAAGAAAAACCAUUGAAUGAGUAGGUGUGUCCAAAUUUUUGACUGGUGCUGUAUUUUACAAAAAUCCAUGCCACUCCAUUAAGUAUGAUAUGUUACUUUGUUAGGUUACAUUACAUUAGCCUGCGUACAUCUGGCACGCUCAAAUUAGUAUGGUAAAUUAGUUAUAUGUUUGGGAUGAUAGAUUACUUAAAGCAAAAACAAAAGGAGGGUGGAUGGGUAGGCGUAUAACGUGAAUGUCUAGCAACCCAAAGGUUGUGUGUUCGAAUCUCAUCACGGACAACAUUAGCAUUUUAGCAACUACGGAAAAGUAUUGACACAGCCUGAAUUUAAAAUUGAUUAAAUUUGAAAUGUAUCACUGACCUACACACAAUAACCCAUAAUAUCAAUGUGGAAUAAUGUUUUUAGAAAUAUCUUGAGUCAAUAAGUAUUCAACCCGUUUGUUAGGGCAAGGCUAAAUAAGUUCAGGAGUAAAGAUUCGCUUAACAAGUCACAAAUUGCAUGGACUCUGUGUGCAAUAGUAGUGUUUAACAUGACUACCUCAUCUCUGUACCCCACACAUACAAUUAUUUCUAUGGUCCCUCAGUCGAGCAGUGAAUUUCAAACACAGAUUCAACCACAAAGACCAGGGAGGUUUUCCAAUGUCUUACAAAGGGGCACCUAUUGGUAGAUUGGUAAAAAAAAUAAAAAAGAAUUAAGCGGACAUUGCAUAUUCUUUUGAGCAAAGCUAAGUUAUGAAUUACACUUUGGAUGGUGUAUCAAUACACCCAGUCACUACAAAGAUACAGGCAUCCUUCCGAACUCAGCUGCCGGAGAGGAAGGAAACCGCUCAGGGAUUUCACCAUGAGGCCAAUGGUGACUUUAAAAUAGUUCGUUUUUAAUGGCUGUGAUAGGGAAAAACUGAGGAUGGAUCAACAACAUUGUAGUUACUCCACAAUACUAACCUAAAUGACAGCGUGAACAGAAGGGAGCCUGUACAGAAUAAAAAUAUAUAUGGAUCCUGUUUGCAAUAAGGCACUAAAGUAAAAUUGCAAAUAAAUAAACUUAAUGUCCUGAAUACAAAGCAUCAUGUUUGGGGCAAAUUCAACAUCCAUACAUCACUGAGUACCACUCAUUUUCAAGCAUGGUGUUGGCUACAUCAUGUUAUGGGUAUCCUUGUCAUCGGCAAGGACUAGGGAGUUGUUUUAGGAUAAAAUAAAUUAAUACAGCUAAGCACAGGCAAAAUCCUUAGAGAUAAAUCUGGUUCAGUCUGCUUUCCAACAGAAAAAUGCACCUUUCAGCAGGACAAUAACCUAAAACACAAGGCCAAAUAUACACUGGAGUUGCUUACCAAGACGACAUUGAAUGUUCCUGAGUGGCCUAGUUUCAGUUCUGUUUUAAAGACUUAAAAAUGUCAGUCUAGCAAUAAUCAACAACCAACUUGACAGAGCUUGAAGAAUUAAAAAAAAAAAUAAUGGGCAAAUAUUGUACAAUCCAGGUGUGCAAGGCUCUUGAGAAACUUACAGAGAAAAACACAGCUGUAAUCUCACCAAAUCUUAUUCUAACAUGUAUUGACUCAGGGGUGUGAAUACUUAUGUAAAUGAGAGAUUUCUGUAUUUCAUUUUCAAUAAAUUUGCAAAAGUUUCUAAAAACAUGUUUUUACUUUGUCAUUAUGGGGUUUUGUGUGAAGAUGGGUGAGGGGGAAAAAACGAUUUAAUAAAUUUUAAAUUCAGGCUGUAACACAACAAAAUGUGGAAUAAGUCAAGGGGUAUGAAUAUUUUCUGAAAGCAUUGUACUUUUUAAGCUACUUUGCAACUACUUAGCAUGUUAGCUAACCCUUCCCCUAACCAUAACCCUUUAAUCUAACUCCUAACCUUAACCCCUAACCUAACGGAGCAUGUCAUACUAAAGCAGUCAAAUGUAAUAUAUUAUACUAAAGCAGUGGAACGUAGCAUAUCCUACUAAAGCAGUCGAACGCAAUAUAUCAUACUAAACGAUCAAGACGUAGGAUACUAUACGUCUUACAAUACAUAUUAUAUUGUACGAUCGACAUUACAUUUGUAGGUCAAUGUAAUGUAACCUAACUUUAAGUAACACACACUACAUUUGGACACCUACUCGUCGAACAUCUCAUUACAAAAUCAUGAGCAUUAAUAUGGAAUCCCUCCCCCCCCUUUGCUGCUAUAACAUCCUCAACUCUUCACUUUGUGCACAGGGGCAUUGUCAUGCUGAAACAGGGACGGCUUUCCCCAAAUGGUUGCCAGAAGGUUGGAAGCACAGAAUUGUCUAGAAUGUCAUUGUAUGCUGUAGCAUUAAGAUUUCCCUUCACUGGAACUAAGGGAUCCAGACCUUUAUUCCUCCCCCACCAAAUUUUACAGUUGUCACUAUGCAUUCGAGCAGGUAGCGUUCUCCUGGCAUCCGCCAAACCCAGAUUCAUCCGCGGGACUGCCAGAUGAUGAAGUGUAAUUCAUCACUCCAGAGAACGUGUUUCCACUGCUCCAGAGUCCAAUUGUGGCAAGCUUUACAGCACUCCAGCCGAAGCUUGGCAUUGCGCAUGGUGAUCUUAGGUUUGUGUGCGGCUGCUCGGCCAUGGAAACCCAUUUUAUGAAGCUCCCAACGAACAGUUCUUGUGCUGACGUUGCUUCCAGAGGCAGUUUGGAACUCGGUAUUGAGUGUUGUAACCGAGGACAGACAACUUUUACGCAUUUCAGCACUCGGCGUUCCCGUUCUGUGAGCUUGUGUGGCCUACCACUUCGCAGCUAAGCCGUUGUUGCUCCUAGACGUUUCCACUUCACAAUAAAAGCACUUACAGUUGACCAGACAGCUCUAGCAUGGCAGACAUUUUACAAACUGACUUGUUGGAAAGGUGUUACCAUGUUGAAAGUCAUUGAGCUCUUCAGUAAGGCUAUUUUACUGUCAAUGUUUGUCUAUGGAGAUUGCAUGGCUGUGUGCUUGAUUAUAUACACCUGUCAGCAGGUUUGAAGGGGUGUCUACAUACUUUUGUAUAUAUAGUGUAUCAUACUAAAUGGAGUAGCAAGGAUUUGAGUAAAAUAUAACACGUUUUGCUCUGAGACCAGGUUGUUUUUCUGCCCCUUCUCCCUCUCUGAGCACAUUCUUGUCCUGUUUUGGUGUCUAUGUUCAGAGCAAUGUGAACUGAAGGAUCCAGAGCCUUUUGGCUUUUCUGUAAGCAUCCUCAAUUGGCCUGUACAAUUGUAUCAGUUGGCCUUAUUACUCCUCCGUAGGUAUCUCAGUCAGUCUACAGCACAUUCAGACCAAUGGUUUAGAGGUCCAAACAGAAAUGGGAAUUAAAUGAACAGUUCUGCUUGCAUUCUAGGGUUUUGGGGUAUGCUUUCAGGGAAUUACUCAGACCCAUUACCUUUUGCUGCUCCAUUCUCAUGGUAGGAAGAGCAGUAAGUCCUUGUUAGUAGUUUGGUUUAUGUGUGUUAAGGCUUUAUAUAUAGCUUACAGCGUUGUCUUGUCUAGGAGAGAAAUGGACUGCAACUUAUUUUUGUAAAGUAUGAGCCCCUCAAACUAUUGAUUGUGUGAUUCACUUGUCCAUUUUGAACCUCAGAAGUGUCACUAUUGUUCUUCAUGUCAAUGUUUUAUAUUAAAAAGUAUUUUGAGAUGUGCAAUUAUAAAAAUGUGAUGGCUACACCAUCAGCAUAUGCAAAUAUGUGGGCAUAUUCAAUUGUUGGUGCUUAUGUUGGCUGCUAUUGAAUCCAACAUUUUGAUCAUUUUUCCUGUGUUUUUCUAAAUGUUUUUCUUGUGAUUUUUCAAAAUCUUCAAUAAAGAUGUGUUUUUAUA